AUGACCGCUCAUCCCGAGUCAAACCCCCUCGAAAAGCUGACCAUUUCCCUCAGCCAGCCAAAUGCCUCGCCCCCGACAGUGAGGGUCACGGUCACCAACCGCAACGCGUAUCCCGUCACCAUUGUCUCUUACGGAUCCCCCCUGGAUGAGAUUGCUCUGCCCCUGGGGCUGCUUCACAUCACCCCGUCGGGCGCAUCCAAGUGCCUCGACCUCAACGUGAUCAGGGGGUCGAGGAUCUGGCCGCCAGAGCCGCAUCACCUCAUCGGCCUGCGGCCCGGGGAGAGUGGCACGAAUGACGUGGUUCUGCAGGCACCAACCGUCCCGAUGCAGCACGUCGGCAAGGGAGCAACAGUCUUCUUGCAGGGGAAGUGGAUUGGCGUGUUUCCGCGCACCAAGCACGAGCUGACAGCGUCGGACCUGAACCACAUGUUCUCGCAGCCAGGGAGUUUUCGGGGCCGCUUUAGGUCUGAGAAUCUCGAGAUAGCCAUUGAGUAA